AUACUCCGAGACAUUUUGUUUGACAGCUGGAAAAGCAUUACUUUUUAAACAAGAAAUUAUUCCCGGCAGGUUUGAUGCCAGUGUGAUUGUCCAGCCAGCAUGAAAUUAUAAUUGAUUGAAUCAUUUUACACACAGAUGGCUGGAAGUGUGUUAAAGCUGUUAAAACAAUGAAACAUGUUUUAUCUGUUAUUAGACACAUUAUUCAAGUAGUCUGAUUAUAAGUGUUGAAAUAUACAUAUGAUUCUGAGCAAAGUACAGAGGGAGGAGCAACGAAUGAACAUGAACACAUCUGAACACUGAAAACCAGGAAUUGUGUGGACUCCAGAGAAACGAAACCUUUUCCCUGCUACACAAGCUUCUGCUUGAGGAUUCUCACUGAUCUAGUUUGGCUGAAGCUGUAGAGGAGCAAAUAUUUACUUUUCUUUUCUGUCAAAGCAGCAGAGCAGUUUCUAUUAAAGGUAUAAAGUAUCUGCAAAGAAAUGGCUGAAUCUGCAGCGAGUCGGUAUGAGGAUCAGUUCAUCUGUUCAGUGUGUUUGGAUCGGCUGAAGGAGCCGGUGACGAUUCCCUGUGGACACAGUUACUGUAUGAGCUGUAUUACUGACUGCUGGGAGCAGAAGGAGCAGGAGCCGCAGUACAGCUGUCCCCAAUGCAGAGAGAGCUUCAGUCAGAGACCUCUCCUGAAGAAGAACACUCUGAUAGCGGAGAUGAUGGAGACGCUGCAGAAGACGUCUCUACAAACGGCUGCUGUUUACUGUGAUGUUUGCACUACAGAGAAGAGCAGAGCUGUAAAGACCUGUCUGCAGUGCUUGGCCUCCUUCUGUCAAACUCACCUGCAGCUUCACUAUCAAUCUCCUGCGUUUAUGAAGCACAAACUAGUCCAAGCCUCCAGAAACAUUCAGGAGAACAUCUGCCACAAUCAUGGGAAACUUCUAGAGAUUUACUGUCAGGAUGAUGAUCAAUGCAUCUGUUGCUUGUGUACUGAUAAUCAUGAAGGACACAAUGUUGUGUCUGUGGAUUCAAAAUGGACAAGUAAAAAGAAAGAAUUAAAGGAGAUAAGCAUGACGUGUGAAAAGCUGAUCCAGGAGCGUGAGAGAGGUCAGCAAGAUCUCAGUGAAGCUGUGAAUCUUCUAAAAAGUUCAGCAGAAGAGGCCGUGGAGGACAUUGAGAAGGUCUUCACUGAGCUCAUCUGCUCUCUGGAGAAGAAACGCUCUGAGAUUAAAGAGCAGAUCAGAGAUCAGGAGAAGACUGAGACAGAUCGAGCAGAGAAACUUCACAAACAUCUUGAUCAAGAGCUGACUGAACUCAGAAAAACACAAGCAGAGAUUGAGAAACUUCUGAACACUGAUGAUCAGAUCCAUUGUCUGAAGAGCUGUCAGUCUGUGUGUGUUUUACCCACACUGGAAGAUGUUCCCAGCUUCACUCAACACACUCAUCUGUCUUUUAAAGACAUUUCAAUCUCAGCAUUCAGAGAAGUUUUGGAGGACGUCUGUCAACAACAAACAGCCAGAAUAUCUCGUGAAGUGUCGUGUGUUCAUGUUGUAAAGCCUCUAGCGCCAAAGACUCCAGAUGAUUUUUUGCAGUAUUUCUGUCAACUUCACCUGGAUCUAAACACUGCACACAAAAACCUCAAACUGUCAAAAGAUAACAGGAAAAUAUCCUAUUCAAAUGUAGUCCAGCAAUAUCCUGAUCACCCAGAGCGAUUUGAUACAUCUCCCUACAUCAUGUGUAGAGAGGGUUUGUGCGGUCGCUGUUACUGGGAGGUUGAGUGCAGCGGUAAAGACUGGGCUGUAGCAGUUUGUUACAAAGGAUUUGUUCGUAAAGAAAACAGUGGGGCCUGUAAUCUUGGCUUAGACAAAACUUCCUGGAGAUUUUCCCACAACUAUUUCAGUCAUGACGAGAAAGAAGUCUCAAUCCCUGCUCUCCUCUCCUCUAGAAUAGGAGUGUAUCUGGAUCACAGAGCAGGAACUCUGUCCUUCUACAGCGUCUCUGACACAAUGACUCUCCUACACAGAGUCCAGACCACAUUCACUGAACCCCUCUACCCUGCAUUUUAUACUUAUAUUAAUUCAUCUGUCAGGAUCAUAGAGCGGAGCACAGGAGAGCUUAGGUAGACCGUUGAUUACAAUUUAGAUUUUGAAUUCUUAAAAUAAGUAUGUACAAAUUAAUGCAUGUAAUCAAUAUGUAGUUUGGCAUGAACAAAAUGCAUGAAAUUUCUUAUUAAGUGUAAACAAUAAAGAGGCCUAAAGAAAUUAGACAGAAGAAAAUAUUGCAGUUUAUCAUUACAUUUUCUAAAAUCAGAUUUUAAAAUAGCUGUGUGUGUGUGUGUUCUCUUCAGCAAGGUUGUUAUUUACUGCAUCAGUUUAUUAUCAGGUCGCAGUGUCAGAAUAAGUGAAAAAAAUGUCCAGCUGCAGAAUCUUGUUGACUAUAUAUUUACAUCUCACAUUGUUGGGAAAAUAAUAAUUUUUUGUGCAUCACACAUGUAAUAGAUUUUUCUGUUGCUAUAGCUACUUAAAGGACCUUCUUAUAAUGAGACUAAUUCUAAACUUUAAUAGUCAACAUUGUUUCAAAUUUUGCAUUACUUUUCAAAGGAUAAUGGUUAACUUUGCAUUCACUUUAUUUUUUUUAAAGUGUUUCAUAAGUACGUUUUCUGAUGGUGUUGAAAAACUGUUGACACUGUGAAACUUUAUAAAAGAGCUGCAUUUAAACAAAAAAACUGUCAACUGUCAGUGUGUACUGUAGUACGUUUGUGUGUUUAAUUGAAAAUUUUUGUAUGCUUUUCCUUGGCUAAAUGCAUCAUUAGAAUUGUAAUGAACUUGAUCAAAACCAAAUUAAAUAUUGCA